AGCAGACUAGCCUCCUUACACCUUCAUAUUCAUACCGAAGAUGUUUUCCGAGAUUAACAUCGAGAUAGAUUGCUGUCGGGAGAUCGAUCACUACAGCCUCGCGCUGCACUCGCAAACAUGUCGCUACUCACCGACUUUAUUACCAAGAACCCGCUCCUACCAACGACCGCGCUCGGAGUAGCAACAUGGCUGCUCGCUAUAGGAAUCGCUCUCGUGGUACGAUUAGUCUACUGGAGACCUUGGACUAGUCCACUACGUACACUUCGAGGACCCGAUGGAGGAACCGGACCUGCGGGUCAUUAUCUGGAGUUACUCGAUCCCGAGCAAGCUCCAGGAUACUUCAGAAAGUGGACAGACGCAUAUGGUCAGACGUUCAAUACGAAGGGUCCGUUCGGGCUAUGGGAUAGGCUGUGGACGACCGAUCGACGUGCACUGCACCACAUUCUCAAGAACACGAACACUUGGGAAAAGCCCAUCAUGCUCAGAAAGACCCUCGGAAGGUACCUUCGUUCCGGGCUGAUCAACGCCGAAGGGCCCCGACACCGUCUCGUUCGCCGGAUCGUCAACCCUCUGUUUAGCCAGAGCAAUAUCAGGGGGAUGAUGCCGACGUUCAAAUUCAAGUGUUCCGAACUACGAGGGAUCUGGUUCGAGAGGAUGAACCAAGCUAUCGCUCAACAGGAUGAGGCGAAGGCGCCGAAGACGGCGGUCUUGAUGGACGUCUUGGACGGCUUGAACAGGUUGAGCUUUGAUAUCAUCGGCUUGACCGCUUUCGAUCAUGCCUUUGAUGCUUUACAUGGGAUCGAGGGCAAGAUGCAUCCCACGUCUUGGCCCGGCGAACAACAGGUCGAGAACGGAAGUGAAGAACCCGGUCAACGAGCCCACAUCGACUUUGACCUUCAAUCCGCUAAAGCUCGAGCAGCCGCACAUCACCGACAGACCCAAGUCACGCAUGCCGUCCAGAAGGGCCACGGAGAAGGUUCCAGGAUCUACGAAGCAUAUGAUCGGAUGUUCGACGUCUGCGUAGGGAGGACGGGCCUGAGGGGGAUGUUGAGCGUCAUGAUCCCAGGACUAGAUAAAAUUUGGCCAACCGAAAACUCUCGACGGGUCGUAGAAGGGAUGGGAUACAUCGACAACCUCACGGAACGACUAGUCAAGGCUAAGAAGCUGGAAUUGGUGGAAGCCGAGAAACAGGGUCUGCAGGAUCUGGAUGGCAAGAAAGGCAGGGAUUUGCUUACGCUGAUCGUCAAAGCGGAUAUGGCUAUGAAGCCGAGCGAAAGAAUGACCGAUCUCGAGAUUUCUGGAGCACUCGCUACGUUCAUGUUUGCGGGUACCGAUACGGGAUCGAUCGUGAUGGCAUGGUGCCUGUACCAUCUUGCGGGAUCUCCUUCUGUGCAGAAUCGUCUCCGGGAAGAAUGCUCUGCGUACGGGGAGAACAUCUCGCUCGAGGAUCUGGACACGCUGCCUCUGCUAGACAUGGUCGUCAAGGAGGUUUAUCGGUUGAAUCCAAGCAUCCCGACGACGAUUCGGGAGGCUAAGAAGGACGACAUCAUCCCGCUCGAGGAACCUAUCGUUUUGAAGAACGGCAAGACUGUUUCUGAAGUCAAGAUCCGCAAGGGUCAAUAUGCCUAUAUACCUAUUGAGGGAUUGAACUGGUCGCACCUGUUCUGGGGUGAUGAUGCCCUUGAGUUCAAGCCCGACCGGUGGGCAGAUUCGAAGGUUCUCGCAUCUACCGGGCUGGGCAUAGAUCAAAACGUUCUCACUUUCAUCGACGGUCCGCGAAAGUGUCUAGGAUAUCGGAUGGGCUCUAUCGAGGUCAAGUCGACGCUGUUCAGUUUGGUUCAACAGUUCGAAUUCAGGCAACCCGAAGGUAUCAGGAUGUACAAGUGGAACAUGUUCACCAACCGACCUUAUGCCUGGGACAAACGAUUUCCGGAGGGGUCCAAUAUGCCUCUGAUCGUCAGACCGUUUCAGGGGUAAUCUGCGGGUCAGAUCGCGCCGGAUCUACUUGUUACGACUGGCUCCAUAGCUUUAGGCCGACUUGCACCUUUGUAUAGAUUUGACGUCUUAUCAAUAUCAAUUCACCUGCUC